AUGUCGGACUUUGUGCGCGAUAUGCGGAACCAUAAGAUCGUGCCGGAUGUAGUGCCGGUUCCACCCGAAAGUCUGCUGCACGUGGUGUAUCCCGGUGGGUUGCGUGUAAAUCUGGGCAAUGUGCUGACACCCACGGAGGUGAAGCACGUCCCGGAGGUAAGCUGGCCGGAAGCGGAACCGGACGCAUACUACACGCUCAUCAUGACCGAUCCCGAUGCACCAAGCCGUACAGCGCCAAAGUUUCGCGAGUGGCACCACUGGCUGGUGGUAAACAUACCCGGUAUGGAUCUCGCCAAAGGGGACACACUGUCCGAUUACAUCGGGGCAGCGCCUCCCCGCAAAACGGGCCUACAUCGGUACGUGUUUCUACUAUAUCGACAGAACGAGCGUAUCUACUACAAGGAGUCCCGGCUUUCAAACAGGAGUACUCAGGGUCGGGGAAAAUUUUCUACCCACAAGUUCUCGGAGAAGUACGAGCUGGGGCUACCGGUGGCAGGGAACUUCUUUCAGGCCCAGUUUGAUGACUACGUACCGAAGCUCUACCGUCAGCUGGGCCACUUUCAAAACGCAUUCUGA